AAAAUGUUUUUGAUUCGGCGACUGCAUCUUAUCUUACCGUAUAAAUGAAAUCUCUUUUUGAUCGAGAUCGAGUGCGGUACCUCCUCUUCUUUCCUUUCUAUUGAUUCUCGGUGAAUUAAAAUUCCCGGCCCUUUCGUCCCACCCAAAUCUCCUCCUCGUCCUCCUCUCACCUCGCUCUCAAUGUCGCACCAGGGGGAGGAGAUCUCCUCCUCCUCGACUCCUCCUCCUCCCUCGUCCUCUUCUCCUCCGAGCGAUCCCACCGCCGCCUCCGUUGGGAGCCGAUCGUGCCCUAACCCUACCGAGACGCCGCUCGCGUGGCCCUCCGAUGGCUCCCUCACGCGCGAGUGGAUCGCCGGGCUCACCGCCGCCCUCGACUGGUCGUCGCGCCACCUCCGCCCCCCCGAGCUCCCCUCCGUGCUCCCCCUCCCCCUCCUCCAGCGCCUCGUCCUCGCCGCCUCCAACAUCCUCCACAAGGAGCCCAAUUGCCUCAGGAUCGACAUGGACGGCGACGACGACGCGGAGAUGCGCCGGAGCGGCGCCGCGGUGGUCGUCGUCGGCGACGUGCACGGCCAGUUCCACGACGUGAUCUUCCUGCUGGAGCACGCGGGCUUCCCGUCCGAGAACCGGAUCUUCGUGUUCAACGGCGAUUACGUGGAUCGGGGCGCGUGGGGGCUUGAGACCUUCCUCCUCCUCCUUGCUUGGAAGGUCUUUUUGCCGCACCGAGUAUUCCUUCUUCGUGGUAAUCACGAAUCCAAGUACUGCACAUCCGUAUAUGGCUUUGAGAAAGAGGUAAUGGUUAAAUACGGAGAUCAAGGCCCACAAGUUUAUCGAAAGUGUUUAAGAUGUUUUGAAGGUCUCCCCUUGGCAUCCAUUAUAGCAGGUCGUGUUUACACUGCUCAUGGAGGGCUCUUUCGAAGUGUGUCACCUACUCCUUCAUCAAAGAGAUCAAAAGGCAAGAAAGGUCGCAAGGUGAUCACGAAUGUUGAUACAAGUAUUCUUAAACUCGGUUCUUUAGAGGAGUUAUUAAAGGCAAGGCGGACAGUUCUUGACCCACCAUGGGAGGGUUCAAACUUGAUUCCUGGUGAUGUGCUCUGGUCGGACCCUUCACCAAAGCCCGGUCUGUCGCUAAAUGAAGAAAGAGGGAUUGGAUUGUUAUGGGGUCCUGAUUGCACUGAGGAGUUUCUAAAGAAAUACAAUCUUAAGCUGAUUAUCAGGUCACAUGAAGGCCCUGAUGCAAGGGAUAAACGGCAUGAUCUAGCUGGAAUGGACAAUGGCUAUACAAUAGAUCAUCAGGUGGAAUCAGGGAAGCUGAUUACCCUCUUCAGUGCUCCAGAUUAUCCCCAAUUUCAGGCAACAGAAGAGCGAUACAACAACCGUGGUGCCUAUAUUGUUUUGCAUUUUCCUGAUUUUACUACUCCUGAAUUCCAUAGUUUUGAAGCUGUAAAACCUAGGCCUAAGGUGGGAGCCUACUACAACUUUGAGGAAGUGAUUGACUCGGAUGAAGAGUUGGAUCUUCAAUCCAUGGAUAAUGGCUCGUCACUCGACGCUGUUGCUUCUACCACAGUAGAUUGAUUAUUUAAAUUAUGUGUUUCUUUGUGUAUCUUAGAAUUUGCUGUUGUAGAUUUAUACAGGCCAAGUCUGUCAUCUUCAAGUGUAGAGAAAGGAUCAAUAUGCAAGUUAUGACCAUUUUUUGCCUGCUCUCUUAGCAAUCUACUGUUCGGGCAUUUGUCUUCUUGUUUUUGUUUUUGUCGCUGUAAUUUUGGAUCCUUCAAUAGAUCAUCAAUACAGCAUCUUUUCAGCUCCAGGUUAUGGAGGAGGUUCAACUAAUAA